GUGGGUUUCUUUUUCAGCCCGGGAGUUUCAUGCCCAUACCAGGCCCAGUUUGCUAUGGAGGAGGAUUUCUUUUUUUUCCUUUUAAAACAGCUGCAGGCCAGAUUAUAUAAGUGCUUUAUGAUAUAAAGCAAUUCUUGACAUUGUCUACCAUACUUCUACCAGAUCAGCACUUUUUUAUUUUAUUUAAUACUACAGCGGUAGUUAUUUUUACUCUGACGUACAAUGCCAGUUAUUUGUCCUUGUGACAUCUGCAGCGGGGAUUUGUGUUAUGUUAUUGGUCAAAUUCUGUAUUUUAGCCUCUGAAAAAUAACGAGUAGAGCAUUAGUUUGGACAAUCAGAUUCAUGGUAUCCUGUAAAAGAAUACAUUAAUUCCACCACAAGAGAAAGUUCCUUCUGAUACUUUAGACUAAAAUAAACUGAAAUUUAUAAAGAGAAUAUAAUAAAUACAUAGAUUCCUGCAAGCAUCAGCUUUUCUGAUGAAUUCAGAUAAAAUAUCAAUGAAGAAAAUGAGGAAACUGAAAAGAAUUUUUCCCCAAGACGUAUCCAAAUGUUGACUGAAAAGACAAGAAAUGGCUAUUAGCUGAGAACGCCAAGUGCCCUGACUGUCUAGCACUGCUCCACUAACUUCUUGGCCAGCUCUGCUAAAAGACUUAAAAGAACAAACAGGAUUAGAGGGCAUUAACCCCCCACUCCACUUUCCAGGGACCAUCUGCCAUCAUGUACUUGAUCCACCAGCGUUCUCCUCAGACUCUUUAGAACCCUCCUUUCUACCUAUGAGUGUCACAAUUAGCAAACUGUUUGUGAUUGUUGUCAGAUGAGUCUUCCUCGUUUGGAGAAUUUUGAGCUAUGCAAACUCUUAGGAAUCUGUUCACAUCACUUUUGUAUGACUUGAAAGGAAACACGUUUAUACUUGGAUUUGUUCUGAAUUGGAUUUAAGCUCGUCUGAAGAUUUAUCAUGAGCAUCACAUCUUGGAAGUUAGUGUUUCACUUUGCUUUCUGUUUUCUUGUCAUGUUUCUGGACACAAGGACAGGUAUGUACUAAUAAAUUACCCUCAAACUACAAGUUCAUACUAUGACCAAAGUCUGUAUUACUUUCUGUGUUUUGGGGACUUCAGAGGCUACACUGGAGGGAUCUGCUGAGGGGCCACCCAGUCUGCUAAAUAAUCAGGACAACAUAGUGUUUCCCCACAUCCUCAGUGUAGCUGAUGCAAAGGCAAAACAUGAAGGUCACACAGUUAUUUCUCGUCGGAAGAGAAACAUCCUUUUACCAAGUGGAGUUAAACUGUGUGCACAGGAGACGGAGCAGCAGGUCAUUGCGAACCAUCUCAGCUACUUCCACCUGAGAGUCUGUCAGGAGACCGUAUGGGAGGCUUUCAAGAUCUUCUGGGACCGACUCCCAGACCAAGAAGAGUACCAUAGCUGGAUGAGCCGCUGUCAGGACGGCAAAGUGACCGCACAAGAUAUUGGCACCUACUUCAGCCAGUCAGACGAGCAUUAUGCUCUGGUUCAAAAGAGAAUGCCACCGUCAGGUCCGAGGAGUGAGCCCACCAGGUCCUGGCAGCAUAUGUGCAGUUCUACAGCACCAGACACGUCACAGCCUGCUGUGGCUCGACAGCCUGAUGAAGCUAAGGAAGGAGAUGUUGUCACCAUCAUCCCAGAGGUGGAGGACAACACACUGGACCAUGACCUUGUCGAGCGGACCUUAACCCCUGCUGUGAUGGUGCAGGCGGUGGAGCUCAGCAUCGUCCUAACAGGAGAGACGUACAGUGAUGACCUGGAGGAUCCAACCAGCCUGCGCUACCAAACACUUAGCAGAAAGAUCACUGAAAAGAUGGAGUCUUCUCUGAAGGACACACCUGGAUUUAAGAGUGCAUCUCUGCUCAAAUUCAGACCACAGAUGGAGAUUGAAGGGCUGGAGGCUGUAGUUGUGGACUACGCUGUGACAGUGGAGGUGGAUGCAGCAGGAGUGAGCAAUGAACUGCUGGACUAUCUGACCGUGCAGUCCAGCCUGGUGGAGAACUUGUACCAGGAGGUGAAGGAGCUGCCCGUCCACCCAGAGAGCGGUAAAAUGAAAUUAGCACUGUUGCUAAUUACUCUUAUAGUGGAGGGUGAUGCAGGUUUGGAGAACUCACCCGAGGUUAUAAUCCUGAAAGAGGAUGUCCUGUCUGAGUCCUCGGAAACCGUCACGGAGGUAACGCCGGGAAAUGACAUCAUUGUUCUGGAGGAGACUAAUGUUGUGUCUGCAGCUCCGGACCAGAGCGGCGAACCUCAUGCUGAGAGCAUUGCGGAGGAAGGUCUGCUACUGGAGGACAUUGAGCAGACAACAGCUGUAGAAACUGCUGCACUACAGGAACUCCCAGAGGAACAUCCUGCUACUGAGCUACCAGAGGAUGUCAUGUUACCUGAACCAGCAGUGGAUGCUGAGGCCUCUGGAGAGCUGGAGGACCUGCUGUGGCCAACUGAAGCUGCAGAAGAAAAGAAGGUUUUGUCUUCAGAGGAGACACUGGUUGAAGAGACAGAUGCCACUUCUGAAGAUGAUACAGUAACAGUGACAGAAAAUUCACCUGCAGAAUCCGUGACCAUUGGAAAUCCUUUCGCAAAUCUAAUUGCAAAUGAGGUUCUGAAGCAGCCAGAGAGCUUUCCAACUCAGACCACGUCAACAGGAGAAGAAGAGAGCUUGCCUGCUUUGGUCCAGCCACCUGAGGUUGUAGAUACUGUGGAAGUAUCAGAACCAGAAUCUCCAGAGACCAGUCUGCUUGAUGAAGACCUAAUGGAUAAGACGGGUGUAGAGGUUUUACCAGAAGAAAAUGUCAGACCUGAUAAUGUAGACAUGAACGUAGUGUUAAGUAAUUCUGAACUAUCUGAAACUGGUGACGAACCCAUAUUUGAAGAUCACGGUCUGCAAGAAGCAACAGCUGGUAAAGGUCAAGACCUGGAAACAACUGUGGUUGACCCAGAGAUUCUAGGGCAUCCUCUCAUCUCUGAGGAAGAUCUUACAGAAGAUGAGAUCCUGCUGUUGAACCUCGGUGAACCAGAACCACCAAUAACAGACUCUCUUGAACCUGUGGAACCAACACCUCUGUCCCCAGAGAAGGAAUCACCUUUCACCCGUAUCGGUGACGCAGACCCUGCCUCAGAGGGACAACCCGACAUUUUGGAGGAGUUUUGUUUCCAGCAGAUCCAGAUCAGGGAAGAAGGUUUGGAGGAUGUCAUCUCAGAAGACCAGGGUUUCGAUGUGUUCCAUUAUGGUUACGGUUUAAUGAACCUCACUGAAGAGGGCAGCACUGGGUUCCCUUCCAGUGUAGCACACGGCCCUGAUCAGGCCAGCAUCCCUCUACCUGAGAAUCCUGGACGGGCCCUGAUGGUAUUCUUCAGUCUAAGAGUCACAAACAUGGUCUUUUCAGAAGAUCUCUUCAACAAGAGCUCUGCAGAGUACAAAGCCUUGGAGCAACGGUUCAUAGAGCUGCUUGUGCCGUACCUGCAGUCCAACCUGAGUCACUUUGAGAACCUGGAGAUCCUGAACUUCCGCAAUGGAAGCAUCGUGGUGAACAGUAGGAUGAAGUUUGGGAAACCUGUGGCUCGUGCUGUCACCAGCACUGUAUAUUUGAUCCUGGAGGACUUCUGCAACACGGCCUACCAGACCAUGAACCUGGCCAUCGAUAAGUACUCUCUGGAUGUAGAGUCUGGUGAGCAGGCUGACCCCUGUAAGUUCCAGGCCUGUAAUGAGUUUGCACAGUGUAAAGUGAACAAAUGGUCUGGAGAGGCCGAGUGUGUGUGUGACGCUGGAUACUUCAGUGUGGACGGGCUGCCGUGUCAGAGCAUCUGUGAGCUGCGGAGCGACUUCUGCCUCAAUGAUGGCAAAUGUGACAUCAUUCCUGGACAGGGAGCCAUCUGCAGGUGCCGUGUUGGAGAGAACUGGUGGUACAGAGGAGAACACUGUGAGGAGUUUGUUUCGGAGCCUCUGGUGGUUGGUAUAGCCAUUGCUUCUGUCGCCGGUUUCCUGUUGGUGGCGUCUGGCGUGAUCUUUUUCCUGGCAAGGACUUUACGGGACCAGUAUGACAAGGAUGAGUCAGAGGAUCCAAUAAGAGGGUCAGAAAGUCUCCCAUCUCUGGAGAGGGCGACUAAGUACAACCCCAUGUAUGAGAGCGAGGCGACUACAGGCUACAGUCACUACUACCGCCGUUACCCUGACUUUCCAGUUUACAGCAGUGCCAGCGCCGAAGCUUCUACAGACUUCAGCAGCGAGGAGAUAAGACACAUCUAUGAAAACAGUGAACUGACCAAGGAUGAAAUCCAAGACAGGAUACGCAUCAUUGAGCUUUACGCUAAGGACCGGCAGUUUGCAGACUUUGUACGACAGCAUCAAGCUGUUUUGGAUAACUGUCGAGAGAAUUCCUCUGCACAGACUUGAAGCUCUGCUGUGAACAACAAGGUAUUUCCUCCUCAUUUGUAGACUCUGUUCUAGGAUUUAAGAAUUAGUCACAAGUACAAAACCCCUCAGAGAUCUUAGUAAAACAACACCACCGUUGGCCAUACUGGAAAUCAAUUCAUUCAUAUAUUUCAAUUAUGAAUUCAAUUGUAAAUAAAUUAAAUGGGCAUUGAUGAAAAAUUAGAGUGUUAGUAGCAGCAGAUUUGAAGGUCAAGUGUAGAAGGUUAACUGAACAAACUACUGUAGCUAAUGGAUUCUACAAACUACUAUUGUAGCCAAAAAAAAAUUCAAAUUGAGUUCUAAAUUUUAACUGAUUUUGGCCAAAUCUGGAGGGAAAAAAACCCAGAAAGAUUUAUGCAGUACAUACACAUCUAUUGCUGUGUAUUGUCUGGUUUGUAUUGGUCAUAUCAGAUAUGUUAAACAGAAAGCUAUGUUCGAUCCUAUCAUCUCUGCAUCAAUUCAGACAUCCUGACAUUAAAUCUUUAGCUUAGCACAAAGGCCUCUAAGAAUCUGUGAUAACCUCCUUGUUAUCAUUUAGGAAAAUAAGUUGGAUUAAAGAUUUUAAUAAAGAGCUCUGUGUUCUUGGCUGAGAACAGUUGGAAAAAGAGCAAAGGACACACCAGAGAGUGACUGGAGCUGGAGCCAAGAUGGAGCCAACCGUACAAAUCCCUAUUAAAAUGACAAAUUGACAUUUUAUUCUUUUUGGACUGUUGUUGUUUUUUUUUUUACUGGAUCGAGCCAGGAGAAGUGCUUUCAGUCUUUAGGUUAAGUGAGGUAAUGUUUAAGACGUUAUCUCUAAGAAGAAGCUAUCGUGCCUUUAUGCUAGCCAUGCAAACACAAUAUGUUGUGUGUUCUUAAUGUUUGACAUAUUUUUUUUUACUUUGUUGAAACUUACACACGUCUUCUCCUUCACAGAAAUACUUCUGUGGUUAUAUAUAAAAAAGUGGAGUUCUCUGGGACUUUCUUCUUCUUGGCCACUCUUCUUGGCGCCUGGACUGCUGUUUUUUUAAAGGACUGUCACUCAGUGUACUAAUAUUUUCCUACUGAAGAGCCCUGCUCUGUCUGCAUGUGUGGGCAGAUGUGCUCAAACUUCCUCCUUCUUCCUCGGUGCCUUAUCUUGAUUGGAUGAGCUUUCUUUGACAUCACAGUUUAUGUUUUUCUUUUUUUGCUGCUCACGUACUGCACACCUCUCUUUACACUGGACUCUACCCAUCUACAUGAACUGUAAACUAAUACAUCACUAGGCUGUUAUUUUACAAUUUUCUUUUGUUUAUUUUCCAACAAUCUUCAGGGAAAAAUGUGAAUAAUGAAAGUGUUUAUGUAACAUAUGUUAUAUGAAGAUGUUUACUAGAAUGUAAUGUAGGACAUGUUUACCUAAAUAACAAACAAAUGCAAUCUUUUUGUCUUAGUUAAUCUGAUAUAAAAUCAUGUCUUUUAUACAAAAAUCGACUUUUUUUGGCAGGUGCUCAAUGUUCUGCCUGUGUACGGCCACUUUAACUGCUAUUUACUAUCUUUUAAAUCUUUAAUUUGGAUCUUUUAGAUGCUUUAAUGUUAAAUUUACACUAAAUGAAGGUCUUACUCUAUGGACCAAAAAAUUGGUUUGUG